AUGCAGUUUGGAAUUGUAACUGUUGAGGACAACCGUGUUGGACCUCUAUAUAAGCAUGUCUUUCCACCAUGUUUAGCUCCUUGGAUUUCCUUUGUUGGUCUACCUAACAAGGUUAUCGCCUUUCUAACAGCUGAGUUGCAGUCCAAGUGGAUAGCACAAGUUUUAUCUGGAAAGGUGCUACUGCCCGAGGAAGAGGAGAUGAUGGCAUCCGUCGAAGAAUUCUACCAGCGUAUGGAGGAGAUGGGGAGACCCAAGCAUUACACUCAUAUGUUGGACAUGGAUGCGUUUGAAUAUAAAAACUGGGUUGCAGCUCAGGUUGGAUUGCCACCCGUCGAGGAAUGGAUGAAACAGAUGUAUUCUGCUGCUGUCAAGAAUAUUCGGAGCCAUCAGGAAGGUUUUCGAGACGAAUGGGACGAUGACUAUUGGAAGUCCAUAAUUAGAAACCAGCCAAAUUAA